AUGAGAAAGUACGGAGGUAACACAAAACGAAACAGAGAUGAUGAUGCAGAUGAAAGCAACAACACGGAUAGAAAAUGUAUUACAUUGGUUAGAGCAACAUUGUUGCCAAUUUUGAGUAUAGGGAAAAAUGAGAAAACAACAUUGUUUACACCAUUUCGAAAUCCAUUGCCAGGAUUCGUAAGUGAUAAAAGUUUAUAUUUAAGAAAAACGUUAGGUGUUAAAGUAAGGAAAACGGGAUGGAUAAACUUGAUGAAAAAUUCAAUCCCUAGAAGAUCAGACGAAACAGGUGAUGAAAAUGAUAAAGUUGAAGAUAUAAUAAGAAAGUUUGAUCCUUUAGUUUUGUAUGAAGAUGAAAAUAGUAAAAUAGAAGUUGAUCCAAUAUUAGCACAAUAUUUAAGAGAACAUCAAAGAGAAGGUGUACAAUUUGUUUUUGAAUGUUUAAUGAAUUUAAAAGAUGAAAAAAUAAGUGGAUGUAUAUUAGCUGAUGAUAUGGGACUAGGAAAAACACUACAAAGUAUAAGUGUAUUAUAUACAUUAUUAAAACAGGGGUAUAAUAAAAAGGCAGCAGUUAGAAGGUGUCUAAUUUUAUGUCCUGCUAGUUUAAUAAAUAAUUGGAAUGAUGAAAUUAAUAAAUGGUUACCAAACAGAUGUACUGUAACUUGUGUUAACGAUAGUGUAAAGGAAAAGAUUGUAAGUAAAUUAGAAGGAUUUAAAUAUGAUUUAAAAUCAACAAUUUUGAUAUGUUCCUAUGAAUGUUUUCGUAUUAAUAAUGAUUCAAUUGAUAAGUCCGCUAUAGAUAUGAUAAUAUGUGAUGAAGCACAUCGAUUAAAAAAUGAUAAAACCAAGACAUAUACAAGUAUAUAUAAAUUAUCAGCAAAAAAAAGAUUAUUAUUAUCAGGUACACCAAUACAAAACGAUUUAGGAGAAUUUUUUGCACUGAUUUCUUUGUGUAAUCCUGAUUUAUUUGAUGAUACUAAUUCAUUUCGAAAAAAAUUUGCGAACCCAAUAUUAAUAGGCCGAGAUAAAGAUGCAACAGAAAAGGAGCAACAAAUUGCAUCUGAGCGUUUAGCAGAGUUAUCAACUAUUACUAACAAAUUUAUUUUAAGAAGAACUAAUAACUUAUUAUCUAAAGUUUUACCAGUAAAAUAUUUGAUAAAUAUUUUUAUAAAACUAAACCCUAUCCAAGAAGGUUUAUAUGUAUUAUUUUUAAAGGAUAAGAAAUUAUUAAAAUCUGAUAAUUCAAACAACAAAGUUAAUGUAUUAAUUAAUAUAAAAAAAUUAGAAAAAAUAUGUAACCAUCCUUUAUUACUCAAUGCAAAUGAUAUAAAGGACAUUGGCCAUAUUCCAGUUGUAAAACUGAUUGAAGAUGUGAUAGCAGAAAAUGUAAAAGGUCGAGGAAAUAAAAUAAGUAAUAAAAAUAGUGUUAAUUUGUCUACUAAUAAUAGUAUGGAAAAUAUCAGUGAUACUCUUAACAAUAAUAAUAAUAAUAAUAAUGGUUCUAAAGAUGGAGAAUAUUUGAGAGAAAGAAGAAAAGCAGUUGAAUUAGAUUAUGAUAAAUCUGUAAAAAAAUUAAUAGAAGAAUGUAAACGAGAUGUAUAUAGAUGUUAUUAUAACCUAUCAUCUAAAUUUCAGUUAUUACAUUUUUUGCUUAAAACAAUUAAACACGAAACUAAUGACAAAGUAGUUAUAGUAAGUAAUUACACACAAACAUUAGAUUAUAUGGAAAUAUUAUGUAAAGAAAACCAUUAUAAAUUUGUUAGAUUAGAUGGUGGUAUAAGCAUAAAAAAGCGACAUAAAGUCAUUAGUGAUUUCACUAAUACAGAUGAUAUAUUUAUCUUUUUAUUAUCUUCAAAAUCGGGAGGAUGUGGUAUUAAUUUAAUAAGUUCAAAUAGACUUAUUUUAUUAGAUCCUGAUUGGAAUCCAGCAAAUGAUAAACAAGCAUUAGCAAGGGUUUGGCGUGAAGGUCAGAAAAAAAUUUGUUAUAUUUAUCGAUUAUUUUGUACAGGUACUAUUGAUGAAAAAGUAUAUCAAAGACAAAUAAGCAAAGAUGGCUUAUCUUCAAUGAUUGUGACAAAUACAAAUUUAUCUAAGGAUCAAUUAUCAGAUGAAAAUGUUAAAAAAUUAUUUAAUUAUAAAAAUAAUACGAUAUGUGAAACUCAUGAUAAUAUUGAAUGUAAUAGAUGUAACUUUAAAGAUAAUACAGAAGUAUAUUCUGAACAGUUAGAAGAUUUUGAAGAAGAAGAUGUUAAUACUUGGGCUCAUCAUCUAAAUAUCGACACUGUACCAGAUGCUGUUUUAAUUAAAGCAGUUAAAGAAGCAACGGAAUGCAAAAUAAACCAUAUGAACACAUUGCCAAUACUUAAAAAAUUAAAGCAUGAAUUUGUUACUUUUUCUAUGAGUUGUAAAAUAGAAUUUAGAGAUGAUCUUAUCAAACAAAAGGCAAACAAAAAUAAUAUUUCAUAUCAGCCUAUUGCUAUGUCGGAAAAAAAAGAACCUACUAAGUCAAAGCGAACCAAACAAAAAGAACCCAGUGAAUAUAGUGAUAGCACAAAUGAUGAAGAAGAAGAUGAAGAAGAAGAUGAAGAUGAAGAUGAAGAUGAAGAUGAAGAUGAAGAUGAAGAAGAAGAAGAAGAAGAAGAUGAAGAAGAAGAAGAAGAUGAAGAAGAAGAUGAAGAAGACCAAAAGAGAGAAAUGAAAAAAAAAGAAUGCAAAAAAAAACUUCGAGAAAUAAUGGAAUAUCAAAAAGAAAAAGAAUUAAUUAAGAAACAGAGCAAUUCGAAUGAAAUUGAAAAACGAGAAGAAGAAGAACAAGAACAAGAACAAGAACAAGAAGAAGGGGAAGAACAGAUAAGUAAAGAUAAUUCAUUUUCUCAUAAAAUUGAAAAUCCCAAAAAUGAAAAAAAAAAACAAGGCAAUAUUAAUAAUGUAUUGGAAUUAAAUAAUCAUGAAAAAUCAACAAAAUUAAAAAUUAAUGAAAAAAAUGGAUGUGAUGAUUUAAAUUCAGUACGAGUUACAAGAAAUAUGACACAAAAAAAUCUUAUGGAACUUUUAUCACAAGAUGAUGAAUCGAAACCUGAGAUUCUCAUAUCACAAGAUGAAGAUAUGUCAGUUGAAAAUAUAAGUACAGAUAGUUCCUGUUUUAUAUGA